UGAAAGUAGCAGUUGUGUUCAGGACAAGUUUAAGGUCGUCCUGAAAGUAACAGUUGUGUUCAGGACACUCACCAGUAAUUUGCUGUUUUGCUGUUGUUCAGAUUCGGAAGGCCCUGCGUAACCCCGAAGUCUACGACAACUUCCUGAGAUGUCUUAUUCUCUUCAACGAGGAGAUAAUCUCUCGUCAGGAGCUCGUUCAUCUGGUCACACCUUUCCUCGGCAAGUUCCCGGAACUCUUCAUGUCUCUGAAGGUGUUGCUAGGUUUUCGAGAGCCCGGCCUAUCAGAUCAGCUCUCCACCGCUACCAUGACAACCGUCUACAUGCCCAAGGAGAGAGUUACCGCCGAUCUUGCCGCUGAAAUUGAUUUCAACAGUCUAAAGCGUCAGGGAGCUAGCUAUCGAGCUCUCCCAAAGACCUACGUCCAGCCCAAGUGUUCGGGUCGAACGCAGCUGUGUUGCGAUAUUUUGAACGAUACUUGGGUGUCCUUCCCCAUGUGGUCAGAGGACUCUACUUUUCAGGGGACGAGGAAGACUCAGUUUGAGGAAUAUAUCUUUAGAUGUGAGGACGAGAGAUUCGAACUGGAUAUAGUACUAGACACCAACCUCUCCACCAUCAGGAUUUUUGAGGCUCUUCAGAAGAAAUUUUCUAGGAUGACUCCAGAUGAUUUGGCAAACUUCUCUCUCGAAGACAGCCUCGGUGGACGCUCCGAAGUCCUGCAGAGGAAAGCCAUCCACAGGAUCUAUGGCGACAAGGCUCCAGAUAUAAUUGAAGGAGUGAAGAAAAGUCCCGCUGUUGCGCUGCCUAUAGUCCUGAAGAGACUGAAAGUGAAGCAGGAGGAGUGGCUAGAGGCUCAGCGAUCGUUCAACAAAUUGUGGAGGGAACAGCUGGAAAAGUAUUACCUCAAGAGCCUGGACUAUCAGGGUAUAAACUUCAAGGCCCUGGACACGCGCUCCAUGAGAUCCAAAAGUCUCGUUUGCGAAAUUGAGAGCGUUUUUGACGAGAGACAAGAGCAGAUGGCCGAAAACUUUGCCAGCAGUGGUCCUCAUCUCUCUUUUGCCUUCCCUUCGGAACAGAGAGUAUUUGCAGACGCCGUGGGUCUCGUGAUGUACUAUCUGAAGAGGGCGUCCAGCAUGCAGCGAGAAGAUGCCGUCAAGAUUCGAUCUUUUCUCACACAGACUCUGGCCGACUUCUGCUACUAUGACAAAGUGGAAGUAGGUGUUGAAGACGAUCUCAGUCCAGAGAGUGGGUCGGAUCCGAUGGACGUUGACGACACCCCUAACGACGACGGAGAACGCAGGUCAUCAUCCACUGCCAACAUCAGCGGGAGCCUCUUCCCCGACACCAUGGCAAAAUUUCAUGUGAUGGACUAUCAUUUAAUGUUCACAAACAACUCUGUCUACACGUUCUUCAGACUUCUACAUAUGUUGUGCGAGAGAGUUGGUCGUAUAUACCGCGAGGCAAUGGGCUAUAUCCGUGAAGAGGAGAGAUCAAAAUCACAACGAGAAGGAGGAGAGGAGAAGAAGGAGAAACUGUCGCCGGGGGCAACGUUGCAAUUAAUCUAGGAAUAAAAAAAUCUCCUGACAUUCAAAUUGACGAGUAUUUCCCGACUUUCUUGAACAUGGCCAAGAAUUUGAUGGAAGGUAACAUAGACAGUACCACGUAUGAAGAUACGUGCCGAGAGAUGUUUGGUGUCCAUGCCUACGUGGUCUUCACCAUCGACAGACUGGUCCAGAACAUCGUCAGACAGCUGCACUCCAUGUUGUCGGAGGAGGGCUACCAGGUGAUGGAGCAGUUCUCUGUCUUUGUGGAGCAGCUGUCUCCAAUCCACAUCUCUGCCGACCAGCGACUGCCUCUCGAGAUGACGUACCAGAGAAAAAUUGAGGGAAUACUAGCCAAUGAAAACUGCUUCAAGCUCAAAUUUUACAAGGCGGGCUACAAGAUGACAAUUGAACUAGUUGACACCGACCUCUCCAGCGAAGGACUAAACUCUUGUUCUCCCUCGGAUGUUCAGAGAUGGCUACAUUACAUCCAGGAGUUCAGUAAAGCCGAUGAAUUGCCACUUCCUGAGCUAAAGGAAGCCUUGGCUAAGAGAAACAAGCUGUUUCUUAAGAGGAACCGUCGCGUGUGGCCGAAACAGCAGUCAGUGGGAUCGCCAGCCCACGAGGACGAGGUCCGGAUCAUCCACACCAAUCUGCCCAAGAUGGAGAUCCACGGAUCCAUUCAGUUCAAGUUGGACAAGAACGCCUACCGAAUGAUCCCCCUUGCCAACAGCGAGGACUAUCUCUACAACAGAGGGUCGCUGCAGAGACAGCGGGAGGGAAAUUCUCGAUCGGCCUGUGUCAAAUCUCGAAAAUUCUGGAGCUGGCACAACGCCAACUGGAGGAGCCGGAUUUCUGAGCACGACGCCAGCGAGUGCCAGAGGUGGCUGUUGUCGGGGGAAAUCCACGACGAAGCCACGCCCCCUAAACAAAGGUACUCGACGUCCUGCUCAACGGAGGACGUCCUCGGGCAAAAGAGACGACGUUAUAUCACCACCGUCACCCCUGACGACGCCCUCUGACCUCUCUGACCUCUCUCGAUAUUAACCCUUUUCUCUCCCCAUAAUGGCUCGCAUAUGCACACGUGGAUAUUCCUCCCUCUUUGUAGGCAAUGUAAUGCUACAUCUUGCUGCCUUUUUCACUGUCAUUUCACCAAUAUAUACGUACGCACUACGUAUUAACACAUUUACACGUAGAAUAUGAUCUGUUGUGAUUAUAUUGUAUAGCAUUAGUAGGGGCUACGAUAGAUGUGACAGCAUUUCUCAUUGUAAAAUUUCCCUGCAACUGGCUAGUAAUGUUUCUUCUGAUGCUUAUGCUUGCAUUCAAACUUGAAAUCGGUCGAAAGAACGUUGUCGACGACGUAGUCCAAA